GAGUUUCAGAAGUCCGGUAGGUGGCAGUGAACGUCUCAGGUAGGGAGGGCAGGUUGCGGGGGGGCGUGUGUUCCUCUUGCACAAGCGCUCCCAUGUUGCGUAGUCUGGAAACCUGACGUGGAGAGCAGCCGAGCGGUGAGUGACAGAGUUGCGGCGAGGCAGAUCACAAAGUGCCCGUGGCUGCGCUUCCCUCCUGCACGCGCGCGGACCGACACAGUCGCACGAGACUGGCGACACGCUCAGACACCGGUCUGCUGGCCGCGGGUGACCCGAGGAUCCCACUUUGACGCACAGACUCGGGCUCCGCUGGCAGGAAAAGGUGGAACUAAACUACAUUUGACUUGAGAGCGAUGCACUGGCAGCAUGGCCAAGUGGUUCAAGGAGCACUUAGGAUUCAAAACUACCAAAGCACCCCCUCCGGCGCCUCCAAAACCGGACUACAGACACUGUCACACCGGUGUGCCCGGUGCGCCUGGCUACCAACAAACCAGCUCCGGGGCCACCUUCCCCAGCCCCGCUCAGCCGGACAUCCUCGCUGCUUACAAACUACAAAAGGAGCUGGACUUCGAGGACCCGUACACUCCAGGUGGAAAUAUUUCAUACGGCUCCAGUUUGAGCACUGUGGGGUCUCCGGACAUAAAGUAUGUGUCCCCCAAACACCGACUUAUCAAGGUGGAAACAAUCGAAAAGAGCAGCCCCGCUCCGGGCGGCGGUGUCACAGUCACACAAGCUGUUGCUGUGGGGAGUGUUAAAUCUCCCACUUCACCUCCCUCGGAACACGACAACAAGGAGAAGCUCAUUAUUCUUGAAGACUAUGCAGACCCGUUCGACGCUGAGCAGGCUGGUGGCACCCAGACCAGUACGGAAAAAGUGACAACCGAGAAUGAUGGUUACAUGGAGCCAUACGAGGCCCAGAAGAUGAUGGCAGAAAUACGUUCUGGAGGGCGAGGAUCUAAAGAAGGAUCUGUGAGGCAGCUGCCCCUGUACGACACUCCGUAUGAGCCAGCCGAAAACGGUGGAGACUCAGACCCUGAGCGGCCACGCUGUCCCAGAGAAAGCCGACUGCCACAGGAUGAUGAACGACCCCCUGAGGAGUACGACCAGCCCUGGGAGUGGAAGAAGGAGAGGAUUUCCAAAGCCUUUGCAGCUCUGCUUUGUUAUGACUGCAUUAGCUACGAGGGCUCUGUAAAUGGCACUGGAUCAGAUCCCCACGGAAGAAAGGACUGCACCUCUAAAUCCCUCACAGCUGCAUCUCCAUCAUUUAAUGGAAAAAGCCCUGGAAAAGUCCAAUGCCAAAAAAGAGUAGAGAUUAAAGAGAUCAAGGACCUACCAUGGCCGCCUCCUGUUGGGCAACUCAACACCAGCCCUCCCACGGUGGAGGAGCUGGAGGAGUCUCCCUCGCAGACAGCUCAGCCCUCGCCUGGACAGACAAGCUGUGACCAGCACCACCAGGUCCAGUUUGAUGGAGUGGAGAAGUCUCGAAUGUCACCUACCAAGGAUGGGAAAACACGCCCCCUGCAGCGACACUCCAGUGGCUGUCUAGUCAACACCAAACUAUCUUCACUGGACCACUCCUCUCUGGGGGAGCGUAUCGACCCCACCAUGCCUCUGGAGAGCCAGUUCUGGUACCAUGGAGCGAUAAGUCGAACAGAUGCUGAAUCUCUGCUCAGGCUGUGCAAGGAAGCCAGCUACCUGGUGAGGAACAGCGAGACAAGCAAGAACGACUACUCUCUCUCCCUAAAGAGCAGCCAGGGCUUCAUGCACAUGAAGCUGUCACGGACGAAGGAGAACAAGUACAUCCUGGGCCAGAACAGCUGCCCUUUCGACAGUGUGCCCGAGAUCAUUAACUUCUAUUCCAGUCGCAAGCUGCCCAUCAAGGGAGCCGAACAUAUGUCUCUGCUCUACCCUGUAGCCAUCAGGACACUAUAGUGCUCCGGGUCACCUGCAGGCGGCCCCCUGCAGCACACUGUGGCUUAACACUUCCUGCCCCUCUGGACACUGCCCAGUGGGCUCAUGGGAAAAUGAACAGUCGUGUCCCAAAACUGCUGAUCUUGACUCACCUCACUGGCCGACAGAUUCCAGGCCUGUGCUGAAGGCCUACUGCAAACUUUAUUAUACAUACAGACUCAAUGAUGCAGAAGUCUUUAUUAUUUUAUUUUAUUUUAUUUAUGACACACACCCACUUCAUUACAUCACAGACUGACUCUCUGAUGAACUUCAUUUCAUUGAUUCUGGAGCUGACCUCCCUUAGCACUUGCUCAAAGAAAAAAGAAAGGUACAUUGCUGUUACAUUUGUCACAUAGGUGAACCGUUGAUCACAAAGUUAUUGUACCUUCUCAGUAGAGAGCGCCUCAUGAGAAUCGUGUUUGAACUAGUUUGUUUGACUCAUUUGGUUAGGCUCUGUUGAUAAUGUAAUUGUUUUCGAGGGGACCUGAAGAUUGUAGGUGCUGUGUAAGGGAAGCGACAUUUAUGAGACAUGUUGAGGGAUAUUGUCCACAUGGGCCCCAUCCGGCGGCCAAGAUAUUGAAUAAACCGUCCCUGUAUGAACGCUGUGUCCCCAGCUGUGUGGAAAUAACAGGCCUGUGAGCCGCACACGCUGAUCUCUCUAUCUUGUCAUAGUGCAUGCUGUCCGCUAUCCAUCACUGAGUGGGUGUAUCAUACCAAUGACAGUGUAAGUACCAUCGUGGUUAGACAGGCAGGAGAGCAUGAUGGAUGGGUCAACCCGUCUGACACAGAACAAUUGGUAGAGGCUGGAGACCAGAGCCUGUCCAAAUGGACCAAAUUAGCCCCACUACCCCCUGCUUAGAAUGGCUUUGCAUCGGGAGAAUGAAAUAUGCCUGCAUUGUCUACCUCAGAAAAUCAAUUUCAUUCGCCCAUCUGCAGAUCAAUAGGUACAAUGGGAUUGCGGACAUCGAUCUGUCUUCCCUUCAACAUUCCCAAUUCCCUUACAAUUGCGUCAUCAGUUUUAGGAAUAUGUUUUUUGAAUACAGCUAAUCCAAGAUUUUUUUAUGAAAACACAAGCAGAUUAUUCAGAUCAGCAAUUGUAUGUAUAGUCACUAAUAUGAUACUCUGUGAUGUCAGUUAAAGAUGUUUGGUUAUUGCCUUAUAAUGCAUGGGUCAAAUCAGUCCACUAGAUCAGCUGAUUUCCAGUUCUGCUUUUAAAGAUUGUUCUGUGACUGUAAUUUAUUCUGGGGUAAUUAUUACUGAUGUGUUACUCCUCGCCCUCAUUGUUCCGUGCCGAUGUGAUCGUGUUUUUUGGGACUACUCCAGCCUCUUAAAGUGUGGUGCUUUGCAUUUUCGUUGUUUCCAAGUUCUGCUUCGUGCACAUUUGACUCGGUGGCCUGGUACGUGCGACACAGGUCAUGGCGUCUCCUGAUCAAAUGGAUUGUCAAGCCUGGCGUGAGAGACGAUCGCUUACUCCCUCCGGACCAAUCACAACACACCCUGUUUGAAUCAGAUUAAUACAACUCCUUUGCAUUGAAAUAUCUCUGCCAUCUACCCCCUUACUACCAGAUGUGCAAACAUGUGAGAAUGUGUGUGUAUGUACAGUGUGUUCAUGUGUAGAUGUAUGCCAGUAAGAAUAUGUGCACACUCUGUGUUGUGUUUUUUUUUUACCUUGCUGGUACAACCUGGUGACAGCCCUUGCUUGAACCUCUUCGGUUGUCAGAAACUUUUUUUCCUCCCCUGAACAAGAAGCAAAAAUUCAGUCUUAUGACUCACAAAUUCUUAAGGAAGCAAACUUGCUCACCAUAUUCACACCAUGGAGUGAGUGCAAUGAGAAUCACUGAUGCUUAUUUGAUCAAACUGUCUCUUCAGAAGUAAUAAAAGGAGUCGCAAUAUUCUGCCAAAAUCAAUGUAGAAAUAAAAAUUCCGGGGUAUUUUAGCCGAGCUAAAACAAGUGGCAGUAGGAAUAAGAAAUUUGACCACUGUUUCUACAAAGUCAGACACAUUUUGGCUUUGAUUCAAAUCUCCGCCGUGUGCUAUGCAACUAUCAACUGCAGUCAUUUAGAGGAAAAUGAUUGGAGUGUGUGCCUCCGCUAAAUGUUCAUGAUAAACGAGAUGGUACAAAACGUCCACCAGGAGGAGGAGAUGUCGUCUAAAGAAUGGUCUGAUAAGUAAAAAACAAGAAGCUGGAUGUAUGCAGACGUUUAUUUUGAUGGUGCAGUUAGUGAGCAGACACACGCUGCAGUCAUUUGAUACUGUACGUAUCCCAUGUGAGGCUGUCUGUCUAUGUAAGGAGGCAACCUCUGCAGCUUUAUUGAGGAAGAGUAUGUUGUCAAAGUGGACCUAUGUGUUACCUUUUAAAGAGGUUACCCUAAGAAGAAAUGCAAGUUAAAUAAACUGUGUGAUGUUUCCUGUUCCAGAGAUCAAAUGUUAACAGUAGAUGCUCUUUAUUUAGUUACUGCUGCUGAUGAGUACUUCUCUACUAAAGGAGAGCCUGCGUAUGAUGGCUGUACUGCCUAGAGAGAGAGGCCUUAGCUUUGGAAAAAAGGGAAGGAUGAGAAUAAGGGGGAGACGGAGGAGGAGAAGGGGGAGGUGUUCUGACAGGGGGAGGGAUUCACUGCAAUCAGCAGACACACUUCUUGUUCUUGUGUUUCUAUUCUGAGAACCUGAAUGAGCUCUUCUCCUCCCUCAGAAGUGUCUUAAAGCAUGUGUGUGCGUGCAUACACAAUUGUGCGUGCAUGAAACAGUGUUUCGUUUGUGUGGAUGUGUGUGUGUGCGUGUGAAGGUGUGCAAAACCAUUAGCCAUUUACUUGCCCCGUGUGUGUAUCUUGUGUAUCACUUUACUGUGGUAAAGUGGCAUGUAUGAGUUUCCUUUGUGUACAUUUUUGUGCCACGUAUGUAUGCACUACUAUAACAUAUCUCUGUACAGUCCCUCAUGGCCAAAUGUAUAUACUGAAUGUAUUGUAUGGGGACAAAGAGGCAUCAAGGUUCAAAAUAAUUAAAAUUGGGUUUAUGAGUUAAA